AUGUCCGACUCGCAGGACAAGAUUCCGUCCUUACCUCACCAAACCUCCGUGGAAUCCUCCACGGGGGAGGAGGACCGAGAGCUUACUGAGAAUACCGCCCGCUUCAACUCUGAGGAUCCUGACACAGAAGUCCGCGAUCAAGUCGUCGAGAAACCGAAUAAUACGCCUUCUAUCCCCGAGCGAUGGAGGACUGCCAGCCAGCGCAUUCGACAGAGGACUGCCACAAUUGCAGAGAGAUUGGGUCGUCCGCCUGAAAGAGAAGCGGAGGGCGUGGACGCGUGUUGGUCGCCCGAAUACUACGGGGCGACGGACGACUUGAAAAGCUUCCACGCUCGUCAGGCCGGUGAUGAGGAGAACCGCCUUCACGGCAUCGGUCAUGACUCGCAGGCCCACCACAUGUUGAGCCAGCUGGGUCUGCCGCAUGUAUUCGGGACUCGUCGUGACACACAGGAACCGCGCUCUGGUGCGACGACCCCCGGCGAAAGUGGAGCCUCCACACCGCUUAACGGAGGUCUCCUCUCGCAGUUGCUCCGAGUAUAUGCCAACAACCUGGGGGCUGCUGCGAGCAGAGUCAGUGUGGCUUCCACCGGGUCAGAUACGGAUCCUGAAACAGAGACUAUUCCAGGAAUAACCACCGGAGCAAGCACGCCGACUGGAACGAGUACACCCAGUGGGAAGAAAGAGAAGGUCAAAUGGUACAAAGAUGGUUCCAACAACGACAGCAGGGCCAGCUUCCCCAUGCUGAACAAAUUGCCCAAGCCGGCCAUGCCCAAGAAGAGGGAGUCCGGUCAUCACUACACCUCUUCUUUGAUUCAGGCCUCCAUGGAUAUGGGCCGGGUCGGCGUGCCUGCUGCUCAAGGCCCCGGCAACUUGAAUUAUAAGGAGCGGAAGAAGCAGAAACGCAAGCAUGAGAAGGAUGUCAAGCUGAAGGUACACAUUGCCGCUAUUCUCGCCCGUCAGCAAUACAUCAUGCAACUUUGUCGUGCGUUGAUGAAGUACGGUGCCCCAACUCACCGUCUCGAGGAGUACAUGAUGAUGACUUCCAACGUACUGGAGGUCAAUGGGCAGUUCAUGUACAUCCCAGGCUGCAUGUUCAUGUCCUUCGAUGAUCCUUUGACGCGCACCGCCGAGGUGAAGAUUAUUCGUGUCGUUCAGGGUUUGGAUCUAUCUCGUCUAGCAGAGACUCACAAUGUCUAUAAGAAUGUGGUUCACGACGUGGUCAGUGUCGAGGAAGCCACCGGCGAUCUGGAUCAGAUCAUGCAGCGCAAACCGCGCUACAAUCGUUGGUUCUUGGUCCUGUUGACUGGCCUUGCCAGUGUCGCUGUCGGUCCUUAUGCCUUCUCUGCCCGGCCUAUCGACCUCCCUAUCAUCUUCGUUUUGGGCUCCCUGGUUGGAUUCAUGCAGCGCAUCCUUGCCCCAUCAUCUGCCACGUACUCUAACGUAUUGGAGGUGUCAGCAGCCAUCUUGACCUCAUUUUUAGCUCGUGCCUUUGGAAGUAUCCGGCAUAAUGGCGAGUUCGUCUUUUGCUAUGCGGCCCUAGCCGAAUCAUCCAUUGCUAUGAUUCUGCCCGGCUUUGCGGUCCUCAGCAGCAGUCUGGAACUGCAAUCCCACCAGAUGAACGCCGGUUCUAUCCGCCUGGUCUUCACUAUCAUCUACUCCCUCUUCCUCGGCUACGGUGUCACCGUCGGCACCACGAUCUACGGUGUCAUCGACCACAAUGCCACUAGAGAAUCAACAUGCUCCAAUGCGGCCACGGAUUGGGGCAACGAAUACAUUCAGCAUUUUCCCUGGGUCGCACUAUUCUGUUUCUUCGCCGCCCUCAUCAACCAGGCCAAGUUAAAGCAGGUUCCCGUCACCGUCUUCAUGGGUGUCUGCGGCUACGUGACCAACUACUUUAGCAGCAAGAAACUCGGGUCGGGUCAGGUCUCGAACACCGUCGGUGCUUUCACCAUCGGUCUUCUCGCCAAUCUGUACAGUCGUCUGUGGCACGGUCAUGCCGCGGCUGCAAUCAUUCCGGGUAUCUUUACCCUCGUGCCUUCUGGUCUCGCAUCCAGUGGCUCCAUCAUCUCCGGCCUCGAGUAUGCCGACGCCGUGGCGUCCGGUAACAAGACGGCCAUCACUGCUGCCAACUCGGGAAGCUCCUUGACUGCCCUGGGCUAUGGAAUGAUUCAAACAGCCAUCGGUAUCUCGGUCGGCCUCUUCGUCUCGGCGUUGGUUGUGUAUCCGCACGGAAAGAAACGGAGCGGUAUUUUCAGCUUGUAA